AUGUCCAUGGCAUAUCUCCUACCUUCAGCGUCCCACUCUUCAUCAUCGCCAUUGACAAACCCAGAGUCUGAACCACCGAUCAUCCAAGACACGCCAGUCGUUUGGCGAUAUCUGAUGGGUGCUUCUUCAGGCUUGGAAAUCGUUGUCGUAGACGUUCCCCCGGGAACAGGAGAUAUUUAA